AAAUGAGGAGAGCCUGGCCUCCACAGCAAGAGAUCGAGCCUCCUGUCCAGAUGCGGACACCUGGCGCUGGUCUGACCUGAGUGGAUACCAGGGCAGCUGGCCUUAGAGGAUCCAGAGAAGAAGGGUCAGCAUGCUCUGAGCAAGGCCAGAGGCAGUGGUGCUCCUGGGAGCUCUGCUGACUGCAUCUCUGGAUCCAGCGGGCGGCCGGGACUCACUCCCACUGUCCUGGGAAGUGCAGCGCUAUGACGGCUGGUUCAACAACCUGAGGCAUCACGAGCGUGGCGCAGCCGGCUUCCGACUGCAGCGCCUCGUGCCAGCCAAUUACGCGGAUGGCGUUUACCAGGCUCUGGCGGAGCCGCUGCUGCCCAACCCGCGCCUACUCAGCGACGCCGCCAUGCGAGGCACCGCCGGGCAGCCAUCCCUCCGCAACCGCACCGUGCUGGGGGUCUUCUUUGGCUACCAUGUGCUCUCCGACCUGGUGAGUUUGGAGACCCCGGGAUGCCCAGCCGAGUUUCUCAACAUCCACAUCCCGCCCGGGGACCCGGUGUUCGACCCCGACUGGCGCGGGGACGUGGUCCUCCCCUUCCAGAGGAGCCCCUGGGACCCUGAGACUGGACAGAGCCCCAGUAAUCCCCGGGACCUGACCAACGAGGUGACGGGCUGGCUGGACGGCAGCGCCAUCUAUGGCUCCUCGCACUGGUGGAGCGACGCGCUGCGGAGCUUCUCCGGCGGGCAGCUGGCGUCGGGGCCCGACCCCGCCUUCCCCCUCAACGCGCAAAGCCCCCCGCUCAUGUGGACGGCGCCCGACUCCGCCACAGGACAGCGCGGGCCUGGGGGGGCUGCACGCUUUCGGGGCGGAGCGAGGGAACCGCGACCCCUUCCUGCAGGCGCUGGGACUGCUGUGGUGCCGCUACCACAACCUGUGCGCGCAGCGGCUGGCCCGCGAGCACCCGCAAGGGGGGGACGAGGAGCUGUUCCAGCACGCGCGCAAAAAGGUCAUCGCCACCUACCAGAACAUCGUUCUGUAUGAGUGGCUGCCCAGCUUCCUGCAGAAAACACCCCCCAAGUAUGCAGGACACAGCCCUUUCCUGGACCCCAGCAUCUCCCCAGAGUUCCUGGCCACUUCUGAGCAAUUCUUC